ACAGCGAACCGACGACGUGCUCGGUAUUACGCACGACGGGCUGCGGCAGGAGCGCGUCCCCCCGCCCGGUCCCGAGCCGCCCGUGGUCGGGACGGGGCUCCACGUCUGACAGCUGCUCCGCUCGGGCCUGCUGCCCCUCCACACUGCGCUCUGCCCGCCCGCCGGCCGAGGAGGGCUCGUUGCUCUGUCACUGGUGUAUGUGUGCUCCCCGGAGAAGCCCACGGCCCUCCACGGUGAUCAAAUACAAGGCAAAGCGUGGUGUCAUUGGUGUUAUUCCACCGUUUCCACUCGGAACCGAGUCGUUACGCCGCGUUCCCCCAACCCCGUGAGAUGAAUAAUUCUCUGAAAACGUAUUUAGCUAUUGGGGCUAACUUGUUAGCAAAGGCAAACGUUAGCGGUUGUAGCCACAUAGCAUUUCUGGCGUUUGGCUCUGGAGCGGACGUCGCUCUAUAUCGCUGUGUAAUCUCCCGUUUAAGACAACCUUAUAUGUGAACCAUAUUUGGUUUAGUAAUUGUAAUUUAACAACUCAAUUUGAGAACUUGCUGUUACAUGUAGACAACCCCUAAAAAUGUGGUUUCAGGACAAGCGAAGCUACUGGGGCUCAACACCCGGGCAGCUAACGUAACCGUUACUGACAACUGGCAGUAUCGGUUGUGUUGUAGGCGUCGUUGGCACAUUAUUUGCACUAGCCACACUGUUGAUGUUCUGCUCUUGUCUGUCCAAAUCUGUGUUACGCAAAAUCAGCUAAUCUCAGUCGGUGACCGGACUUCUCAGAACUGGCACCGUGUGUCGAUAAUCCCUUUCGCUGGUUUGACCCAGGCAUGACCUGUCCUGAUAAUAUUUGGUGUUACCUGGAUAAAGUAAAGAGUUACACCAUGUAAAAAUGAACUAUCCUUUAUCAUGUUUGGUGUUACCUGGACAAAGUAAAGUGUUACUCCAUGUCUAUUACAUACAGUACCUAUCCUUAUCAUGUUUUGUGUUACCUGGACAAAGUAAAGAGUUACUCCAUGUCUAUAACAUACAUGACAUGUCCUGAUCAUGGAGGUGGUACCUGGACAUAGUAAAGAUUAACUCCAUGUCUAAUACAUACAUGAGCUGUCCAUAUCGUGAGGGGUGUUGCAUAGCUGAAGUUGUUUAUUUACUAGUUAGCCCAUGUUUAUAUUAAAGACAUGACCUGUGAUUAUUGUGUGGGGUGGUACCUAGCUAGUAGCUAUGGUUGUCUAGUUAUCACCUGAUUCUAUUACAGAAAUGACCUAUCCCUAUCCUUAUCCUUUGGUGUGAUACCGAACCAAAGUUGUCUAGUUUUCCCAUGUUGGACAGAAAUCCUCAACCCUAAACCCUGUUAUAUUCGAAAACCUUCCUAUACUUCAAUACUGUUAUCCCGUAAAUAAAUAUAUGGUAACUUGCGAUAUGAGAUACCUUUACUUUGUUUACCUUCUGAAGCACUAUUAUACUGAAAAUUUGUCUUGACAAACCUCUAGCAGUAUAUACGGUACAAUAAUCUACAACACUGUAAUUACAUAACUAUGCCAUAAUAUGAUCUCAAAUGCAAUCGUCUUAGGUUAAAUGUUCACUACUAUGGAUUGACUUGGCCUUAAGUUCUUUUAUUAUCCAACAUGCAUGUACAACAUAACAUGUUUGACAUGCAUGAUUUAUGCAUAAUGUGCAACAGGCAAAAUGAAUAUUCAAGCCAUUACCUCCAAACGACAGAACUACGAAUGCUUGGUUGCUUGACCCAAUGCCCUGAAACCCCUUAACAAUGUUGUGCUUUUUCAUAGUGUAGAUCACUUGUGUUGUCAUUGAUUUUCCGCCUUGGCCCACACUUGGUAGCGGGUAAAUAUAACUUGUGGGUUGAGUGUGAGCCCGAAGGUGGGCUGUUUUAAAGAUGGCUGUUGAGCAGAUCUUGUUAAUCUCUCGCAGAUUCUCUAUUUACAACAAGCAAGUCAGUGCAUAGAGUGAUUGUGUGGAGGAAAAAUGUGGAUGCCAGGGUAGGAUGGGGAUGUUUCUGCCUGCUUGGCCUGCCUCUUGUGACGUAAAGCUUUUGUGCUCUCCUUAAUAGUUGUGAAGAAGCUUGAAUCAACAGAUGCAUUUUGGUGCAAUUCAUCCUUUAGAGAUGGUUUACUAUCUUUCAGAUAUUGUUGAAGAGGAAGGCCGUAGAGUAGAGCCUUUAAAGGUAAUGUCCUGCAUAGUUUGUUUUAGAUAGCCUAGCCUGGUUGUACUCAAGUCCUCCUCGUGCUUUCAUUGCUGAGUUUGUUACCUUUCUAUAAGUCACCAGAAACCAGUUUUUUUUUUAACACUAUCCACUACGCUGUCAUUUAACGGAAUCUCCCAUCGACCCCCUUUUUGUACCCGAAAGGUCUUGUGGACGUAGGGAGUCCCUGCUUUGAAGGCUGCUUCUAAAGAUUACUCUCAGCAGUCCUAACCUUUUCACUGAGCUCUGAUGCUGCCACUUUUGUUUUCCACAGCUUUGCUCGUUAUAGCACUGGACACUGAAUACAGAGCAAAGCUCUGAAGAUUGUGGACUGGGAUGACCCUCAUGACCUAAACUCAUUGCUACUGCUGCCAAAGGGAUUUUGCAUGGUUUAAACAAGCAUGUGGCCCGUGGGUGCCACCACAGUCCAGAUACGUCAUAUACAUUUUUGUUUUUCUUCUCAUUACUACUUUUUUAACGAAUAAUUCCCGAUCCAAAACAAGGGAAUGUUUUUCGGAUUACUCAACCUUUCUAUGGAGGGUGCCCGUCAUUCUCUGAGGCCGCAAAGCAACCUUCCGAGAGAGACUCCCAUGAAGGACUCUGCGGGGGCCUAGUAACGUCGACAUGAGUAGUACUUUAGGCAAAGAGAAGGACUCUAAGGAGAAGGACCCCAAGGCCGGUCCUACGGGGAAGGAAAGGGAAAAGGAAGCCAAGGCCCUGGCCGGUUUCGGUAAGGAUGGCGGCAAAGAGGCCAAGACCAAAGGGAAGGACGCCAAAGAAGGAAAGAAGGACAGCGGCGGCGCGCCACCGGCCGUCGCCUUCUCGGUGGACAACACGAUAAAGCGGGCCAACCCGGCACCGGGCACCCGCAAGAAGUCGAGCAACGCCGAGGUGAUCAAAGAGCUCAACAAGUGCCGAGAGGAGAACUCUAUGCGCCUGGACCUGUCCAAGCGCUCCAUCCAGAUGCUGCCCACGUCCAUCAAGGAGCUGACGCAGGUGUGCGAACUCUACCUGUACAGCAACAAGCUGCAGAGCCUGCCCGCCGAGGUGGGCUGCCUGGCGGGCCUGGUGACGCUGGCGCUGAGCGAGAACUCCCUGACCAGCCUGCCGGACUCGCUGGACUCCCUGAAGAAGCUCCGCAUGCUGGACCUGCGGCACAACAAGCUGCGGGAGAUCCCGGCCGUGGUGUACCGGGUGACGUCGCUGACCACGCUCUACCUGCGCUUCAACCGCAUCACGGCGGUGGAGAAGGACAUCCACCACCUCUCCAAGCUCACCAUGCUCAGCAUCCGGGAGAACAAGAUCAAGCAGCUGCCGGCGGAGAUAGGGGAGUUGUGCAGCCUCGUCACCCUGGACGUGGCUCACAACCAGCUGGAGCACCUGCCGAAGGAGAUAGGCAACUGCACACAAAUCACCAACCUGGACCUACAGCACAACGAGCUCCUGGACCUCCCGGAGACCAUAGGUAACUUGGCCAGCAUAAACCGCUUGGGGCUGAGGUACAACCGGCUGUCGGCCAUCCCCCGGUCCUUAGCCAAAUGUAGAGAGCUGGAGGAGCUUAACCUAGAAAACAACAACAUCUCAGUGUUACCAGAGGGCCUCUUGUCGAGCCUGGUGAAGCUGACCAGUCUGACGCUGGCCAGGAACUGCUUCCAGUCCUACCCCGUCGGCGGGCCCUCGCAGUUCUCCACCAUCUACUCCCUCAACAUGGAGCACAACCGAAUCAACAAGAUCCCCUUCGGCAUCUUCUCCAGGGCCAAAGUGCUGAGCAAGCUCAACAUGAAGGACAACCAAUUAACCUCGCUGCCGCUGGACUUUGGCACGUGGACCAGCAUGGUGGAGCUGAACCUGGCCACCAAUCAGCUGACCAAGAUCCCCGAGGACGUGUGUGGCCUGGCGUCCCUCGAGGUCUUGAUACUGUCCAACAACCUUCUGAAGAAGUUACCGCAUGGCAUCGGCAACCUCAGAAAGCUCCGGGAGCUGGACCUGGAGGAGAACAAGUUGGAGUCGCUUCCCAACGAGAUUGCGUACCUUAAAGACCUGCAGAAACUGGUGCUCACCAACAAUCAGCUGACCACGCUGCCCCGCGGCAUCGGCCACCUCACCAACCUGACCCACCUCGGCCUGGGAGAGAACCUGCUGCAGCAUCUGCCCGAGGAGAUCGGAACCCUGGAGAACCUGGAGGAGCUGUACCUCAACGACAACCCCAACCUGCACAGCCUGCCCUUCGAGCUGGCGCUGUGCAGCAAGCUGUCCAUCAUGAGCAUCGAGAACUGUCCGCUCAGCCACCUGCCGCCGCAGAUCGUUGCCGGCGGGCCCUCGUUCAUCAUCCAGUUCCUGAAGAUGCAGGGGCCGUACCGCGCCAUGGUGUGAUCACCCCCAGCCCCGCCCCCCCCCCCAACGAAACCCGUAC